UGGCGCGCGCCCCGUGACACCGAGGCCGAGCGGGGGCAUUGGGCUGACCGCCAUGACCCCCCGGAGCCCGGCGUGAAGGGGCCAAGAUGUGGUGACCUGCCAGUGCCUCCUGCAGCCUCCCUCUGCAAGUCACCCUAUCUUUUCACAUCCUGGGGGCCCCGCACCCCUGGCUGCCACCACCAGGCAACAUGUCGACCUCUUCGCUUCGGCGCCAGAUGAAAAACAUCGUCCACAACUACUCGGAGGCAGAGAUCAAGGUCCGUGAGGCCACAAGCAACGACCCUUGGGGCCCAUCAAGCUCCCUCAUGUCAGAGAUCGCCGACCUCACUUACAAUGUUGUCGCCUUCUCGGAGAUCAUGAGCAUGAUAUGGAAGCGGCUCAACGACCAUGGCAAGAACUGGCGGCAUGUCUACAAGGCCAUGACGCUGAUGGAGUACCUCAUCAAGACUGGCUCGGAGCGCGUGUCACAGCAGUGCAAGGAGAACAUGUAUGCCGUGCAGACACUGAAGGAUUUUCAGUACGUGGACCGUGAUGGCAAGGACCAGGGUGUGAAUGUGCGAGAGAAGGCCAAGCAGCUGGUGGCCCUGCUGCGUGAUGAAGACCGGCUGCGGGAGGAGCGUGCCCAUGCACUCAAGACCAAGGAAAAGCUGGCACAGACUGCCACUGCCUCCUCAGCAGCCGUGGGCACUGGGCCCCCACCUGAGGCCGAGCAGGCAUGGCCGCAGAGCAGUGGCGAGGAGGAGCUGCAGCUCCAGCUAGCCCUGGCCAUGAGCAAAGAGGAGGCUGACCAGCCCCCAUCCUGCGGCCCUGAGGACGACGUCCAGCUCCAGCUGGCCCUUAGUUUGAGCCGAGAGGAGCACGAUAAGGAAGAGCGGAUCCGUCGAGGUGAUGACCUGAGGCUGCAGAUGGCGAUAGAAGAGAGCAAGAGGGAGACUGGAGGCAAGGAGGAGUCGUCCCUCAUGGAUCUCGCGGACGUCUUCACAGCGCCGGCUCCUCCAGCAGCCUCAGACCCUUGGGGCGGCCCAGUGCCCAUGGCUGCUACCAUUCCCACAGCCAUCCCCACCUCAGACCCAUGGGGGGGACCCCCUGUCCCUCCGGCUGCUGAUCCUUGGGGUGGUCCAGCCCCAACGCCGGCCUCUGGGGAUCCCUGGACGCCUGCUGCCCCCACUGGACCCUCUGUAGACCCUUGGGGCGGGACCCCGGUCCCUGCAGCUGGAGAGGGGCCCACACCCGACCCAUGGGGAAGCACCGAUGGUGGGGUCCCGGUUAGUGGACCCCCAGCCUCUGAUCCCUGGGCACCAGCCCCAGCCUUCUCGGACCCCUGGGGGGGGUCACCUUCCAAGCCCAGCACUAAUGGCACUGCAGCAGUUGGGGGCUUUGACAUGGAGCCUGAUGAGUUCUCUGACUUCGAUCGACUGCGCACGGCCCUGCCAACCUCUGGGAGCAGCACAGGAGAGCUGGAACUGCUCGCAGGAGAGGUGCCCACUCGCAGCCCUGGGGUGUUUGACAUGAGUGGGGUUGGGGGGUCUUUGGCUGAGGCUGUGGGGAGCCCCCCGCCUGCAGCUGCCCCAACCCCCACACCCCCCACACGGAAGACGCCAGAGUCAUUCCUGGGGCCCAACGCAGCCCUCGUUGACCUGGACUCGCUGGUGAGCCGGCCAGGCCCCACGCCGCCAGGAGCCAAGACCUCCAACCCCUUCCUGCCAAGUGGAGCGCCGGCCACCGGCCCCUCCAUCACCAACCCCUUCCAGCCAGCGCCCCCUGCGACGCUCACCUUGAACCAGCUCCGUCUCAGCCCCGUGCCCCCGGUUCCUGGGGCGCCACCCACCUACAUCUCUCCCCUUGGUGGGGGCCCUGGCCUACCCCCCAUGAUGCCCCCGGGCCCCCCAGCCCCCAACACUAACCCUUUCCUUCUAUAAUCCAGGGCAGGAGGGGGACCUGGCUUUGCCUGGAUUCCUCAUUCCUGCUCCCUGGGAGAUCAGUGUUGUGAGUGCAUGUGAAACAGGGGACCCCCUGCCCUUACCCCAGCGCCCUUCCCCCUCCUGGGGCCCACUCACACUACACCCUCUUUCCAUGUCCCCCACCCCACCUCCCCAAAGAGAAACUGGACAUGGGGGAUGGGGAGGGGAGCUGGCCAGAGGAGGACCCCUUUCCCGUGGCAUUAGAAGGGGGAGGGACAGCUGGGGUCUCCCAACCAUUACCCUCCUUCCAAAUUCCUCACCUUUCCCAAUCAGUGUUUGAGCCUCCGUGUUCCCCUAACGUACCCCUUGGUGAAUCCUUGGUGAUGAUUUUGGCAACUUUGGGAAUAAAUGGCAAUUCUCAUGGGUGUGGCUCCCCCAAA